UGCGCCAGUGGGGGCUGCUGACCGAGCUGGUGGGCGCCCGGCGGGCCCGCCUGGAGCAGAGCCUGGCCCUGCAGACCAUCUUCCAGGAGAUGGUUUACAUGAUCGACUGGAUGGAGGAGAUGCAGGCCCCGCUGCUGUCGAGGGAGGUGGGGAAGCACCUGCUGGAGGUGGAGGACCUGCUGCAGAAGCACGCCCUGCUGGAGGCCGACGUGGCUGCCCAGAGCGAGCGGGUGCAGGCGCUCAACCAGGCCGCCCUGAAGUUCUGCGAGCUGGCGGGUUACCAGCCCUGCGACCCCCAGAUCAUCCGCAACCGCGUGACCCACGUGCAGACGUGCCUGGAAGAGCUGUGCCAGCGGGCGGCCCAGCGGCGCACGGAGCUGGAGGCCUCCCGCCACCUGUGGGCCUUCUUCCAGGAGCUGGAGGAGGCCGAGGCCUGGGUGCGGGAGAAGGAGCAGAUCCUGGCCUCCAAGCCAUGCGGCAAGGACCUGAGCAGUGUGCUGCAGCUGAGCGGGCAGCACAAGGUGAUGCUGGGGGAGCUGGGCGGGCGCCGGGCCCUGCUGCACCAGGCCAUGAAGAAGGGGGAGCAGCUGGUGGCCACCCAGGGCCCCGGCGCAGCCCGGCUGCAGGAGAAGCUGCGGGAGGUGCGGCAGCGCUGGAAGAAGCUGGAGGAGGUGACGGGGACGCACCAGCAGAAGCUGCAGGAGGCCUUGAGCUUCUACCAGUUCAGCGCCGAGACGGACGACCUGCUGGCCUGGCUGCAGGACACCUACCGCCUGGCCUCCAGCGACGACUUCGGGCACGACGAGUACUCCAGCCAGGCGCUGCUCCGCAAGCACGCCGCCGUGGCGCAGGAGCUGGAGCGGCACCGGGCGCCCGUGCUGGCCCUGCGUGCCCAGCUGGCCCGGCUGGCCCCCCAGCACCACCAGGUGGUGGACGUGCAGAUCCGCAUCGUGGAGGUGGAGCAGCUCUACGGGGAGGUGGCCGAGGUGGCCGUGCUGCGGCACCAGUGGCUGCAGGACGCCCUGGCCGUGUACCGCAUGUUCGGCGAGGUCCGCGCCUGCGAGGGCUGGCUGGACGAGAAGGAGCAGUGGCUCUCCGGGAUGCACGUGCCACAGGAGCUGGAGGACGUAGAAGUGGUGCAACACAGGUUUGAGAGCCUGGACCAGGAGAUGAACAGCGUGAUGGGGCGCAUCCUGGACGUGAAUGAGACCGUGCAGCAGCUGGUGGAGGGUGGCCACCCCAGCGCGUCCGAGGUGCAGUCCUGUCGGGACCACCUGAACGGCAGGUGGAACCGGGUGGUGGAGCUGGUGGAGCAGAGGAAGGACCAUCUCAGCUCCGUCCUGACGAUCCAGAACUACCUCCUGGAGUGCACCGAGAUCAAGGCGCAGAUCCGGGAGAAGCGCCGCGCCGUGGAGGCCAGCCAGUACAGCAGCGGCGACCUGGGUGGCGUCCUGGCCUUGCAGCGCAAGCUCUCCACCAUGGAGGCGGCCCUGGUGGUGCUGGAGCCCAAGCUCCUCGAGCUGCAGCAGGAGGGCGAAGCCUUGGCCACCGCCCACCCGGCCCAGGCGCUGACCGUCCUGUUGCACUUCGAGGAGAUCAGCGAGGAGUGGGAGGCCUUGAAGAGGACCCUGCAGGGCUGCGAGGACUCGCUCUCCGUGGCUAGCCGGCUGCAGCAGUUCAUCCAGGACCUGGACAACUUCCUGACCUGGCUGGUGAAGACUCAGGCGGCCGUGGCCUCGGAAGAGCUGCCCAGCAACCUGGCGGGGGCGGAGCGGCUGCUGAGCCAGCACGCGGCCCUCAAGGAGGAAAUCGACCGCUACGAGGAGGACUACACCAAGAUCCAGGCGGCCAGCGACCUGCUGGCCCUGGAGGAAGCCGACGUGCCCUGCCUCUCGCUCCAGCAGUGGCUGCAGAAGCUGGACGUGGGCUGGAACAAGCUGCUGCAGAUGUGGGAGAGCCGGCGGGAGGCGCUGGUCCAGGCGCACAUCUUCCACCUUUUCCUGAGGGACGUGCAGCAGGCCGAGGCCUGUCUCCGCAACCAGGCGUCCACCCUGGCCCACGCAGAGCUGCCCACCACGAUGGAGGCGGCGGAGAAGGCCAUCAAGAAGCACAAGGAUUUCAUAACCACCAUGGAGCUGAGCGUGCCGAAGACGACGCUGGCCCUGCGGGCCGGGGAGAGCCUGGUGCGCCAGGGCAGCCCGUACAGCGAGCGCGCCCAGGAGGAGAUGGCGGCGCUCAGAGACAAGAGCCACCAGAACUUCCAGCUGGCCCAGGAGUGGAUGCAGCAGCUGAACGAUCACUUGGAUCUGCAGCGUUUCUUGCAGAACUGUCAGGAGGAAGGCCAGCAGCUCCUUGAGGAGAAGCCGGAGCUGGCCGGCUCGGUGAAGAGGCAGCUGGAGGAGAUCCGGCAGUGCUGGGGGGAGCUCGAGAGCACGGCGCAGGCCAGGGCCCAGCACCUCCUGGAGGCCAGCAAGGCGGAGCAGCUGGUGCAGAGCUACGCGGACCUGGACAAGAGGCUGGUGAACAUGGAGGGGCAGCUGCAGGCUGUGGAUGCUGGCACCAGCCUGGCCACCGUCAACAACCAGCUGAAGAAACUCCAGACGAUGGAGUCGCAGAUGGAGGAGUGGUACAAAGAGGCCGGGCAGCUCCAGGCGCAGCUGGCCUCCCUGCCCCUGGAGCCGGCCAGCAAGGAGGCGGUGGACGAGAAGCAGAACGCGGUGGGGACGCGGAUUGUCCGCCUCAUCGAGCCCCUGAAAGAGAGAAGGAGGAUCCUGCUGGCUUCCAAGGAGGUGCAUCAGGUCUGCCGUGACCUGGAGGACGAGAUCAGCUGGGUCCAGGACCGUCUGCCGCUCGCCACCUUGCGAGACCACGGGAGCAAUCUGCAGGCAGUGCAGCACUUCAUCAAGAAGAACCAGAACCUGCGGCGUGAGCUGCAGGUGCACCAGCCCCGGGUGGACGAGGUGCUGGAGCGGGCGGGCGCCCUCGCCUCCAUCAAGAGCCCCGAGGUGGACGGGGUGCGGCUGCUGCUGGAGAAGCUGCGGGAGCUGUGGGGGGCGCUGGGGGAGCAGACGGAGCAGCGCCAGCACCUGCUGGACGCCACCUACCAGGUGGAGCAGUAUUACUUCGACGUGGGCGAGGUGGAGGCCUGGCUCGGCGAGCAGGAGCUGCUGCUGCUGAACGAGGAGAAGGGCAAGGACGAGCAGAGCACCCUGCAGCUGCUGAAGAAGCACCUGGUGCUGGAGCAGAGCAUUGAGAACUACGAGGAGACCAUCGCCCAGCUGUCCCGCCAGUGCCGCGCCCUGCUGGAGCUGGGCCACCCCGACAGCGAACAGAUAAGUAGGCGGCAGUCUCAGGCUGACCGGCUCUACGUGUCUCUGAAGGACCUGGUGGAGGAGCGCAAGGCCGGGCUGGAGCAGCAGUACUGGCUGUACCAGCUCAGUCGCGAGGUGGACGACCUGGAGCACUGGAUCGCCGAGAAGGAGGUGGUGGCCGGGUCGCCGGAGCUGGGCCAGGACUUCGAGCACGUCACGCUACUGCAGGAGAAGUUCACGGCGUUCGCCAGCGAGACGGGCAGCUUGGGGAACGAGCGGCUCUCGGCCGUGAACCAAAUGGUGGACGAGCUGAUCGACUACGGGCACGUGGACGCGGCCACCAUCGCGGAGUGGAAGGACGGGGUGAACGAGGCCUGGGCCGACCUGCUGGAGCUGAUGGAGACGCGGGCCCAGAUGCUGGCUGCCUCCCACGAGCUGCACAAGUUCUUCAGCGACUGCAAGGACCUGCUGGCCCAGAUCGAGGAGAAGAAGCAGCGGCUGCCGGAGGUGGCGGCCCGUGAGUCCCGCAGCUCCGCCGGGGCCCUGCAGCGGGUGCUCAGCUCCUUCGAGCACGACGUGCAGGUGCUGGUGAGCCAGCAGGUGCGGCAGCUGCAGGAGGGGGCGGCCCAGCUGCGCACUGUGUACGCCGGGGAGAACGCCGAUGCCAUCGCCACCAAGGAGCAGGAUGUGCUGCGGGCGUGGAAGGAGCUGCUGGGCUCGUGCGAAGCGUGCCGGCUGCAGAUCACCACCACCACGGACAAGAUGCGCUUCACCAGCAUGGUGCGCGACCUCAUCUCCUGGAUGGAUGGCGUCAGCUGCCAGAUUGGUACUGGCGAGAAGCCCAGGGAUGUGUCCUCGGUGGAGGUGCUGAUGAACUAUCACCAGGGUCUGAAGAGCGAGAUCGAAGCCCGAAGCCAGAGCAUCGCGGCCUGUGUGGAGCUGGGCAAGACCCUAGUGCUCAACAGAAGCCCCGUGGCCGAGGAGAUCAAGGGCCACAUGGAGAGGCUAAUGACCAAGAAGAAGGAGCUGACUGACAAGUGGGACAAGCACUGGGAGUGGCUGCAGCAAAUGCUGGAAGUGCACCAGUUCGCGCAGGAGGCCGUGGUGGCUGACGCCUGGCUCACGGCCCAGGAGCCCCUGCUGAAGAGCCGACAGCUCGGCAGCAGCGUGGACGAGGUGGAGCAGCUGAUCCGGCGCCACGAGGCCUUUCGCAAGGCGGCCUCCACCUGGGAGGAGAGAUUCAGCUCCCUGCGCCGCCUCACCACGCUAGAGAAGCUGAAGGCCGAGCAGAGCAAGCAGCCGGCCACACCACUCCUGGGACGCAAAUUCUUGGGGGAGCCCAGCGAGCCGGGCCUCAAGGGCCCCUCGCUGCUGCGCCAGGCCGAGGCAAAGCUGGAGCGGCAGGACCUGCUGCGGGGCCGGCCCCAGGCUCCGGCCCUCCCCAGCGGGGGGCCAGGGGAGCCCGCGGAGGCGCUGGAGCUCAGGGUGGCCUACGUGCGGCAGGAGAUGAAGCCGGAGCGGCUGCAGCCCCGGCUCGACCGCGUGCAGGAGGGCCUGGCUGUCGGCGCCGAGAGGCUGAGGGAGGCGAAGGCGGCAGCUGAGGAGAGGUUGGAGGCCAAGCCAAGCCAGCACCUGCAAGUGCCCGUGGCAGGCACGGUGCUGGCGGAGCCGGCCCAGGUCAGCCAUGCUGAGACGCAACCGGAGCAGCCGCGGGAGCAGCGUCCGGAGCCCAGCGAGCAGGAGACGCUGCGCCACGAGCAGGCAGAGAGGCGCCGGGAGCGGCACGAGCGGCGCCUGGAGCGGCAGGGGUCCAGCGAGCAGGAGACGCCCCGGCACGAGCUGGCGGAGAGACGCCGGGAGCGGCACGAGCGGCGCCUGGAGCGGCAGGAGUCCAGCGAGCAGGAGACGCCCCGGCACGAGCCCAAAGGGGGCGGCAAGACCACGCUGGCCGAGAUUGUGGAGCAGCUGCAGGAGAAGGAGUCGGCCGCGCAGGUGCCGGCCCCGCCCCGCGACUCCCCCGCCCGCCUGCCCAACGGCAUCGACCUGCUGCCCGAGAGGACGCCGCGCCCGGACCGGCCCCGGGCCCGCGACAGGCCCAAGCCCAGGAGGAGGCCGCGGCCCAGGGACCCCAGCCAGCCCCCAGGGGAGAGCCGCAGGUCCCGCUCGGCGCCGGCCCAGAGCAGCGCCCCGCCCCCUCCGCCCCCCACCUACACCGUCCAGCUGGAGGGCUUCCUCUUACGCAAGCACGAACUGGAGGGGCCCAACAAGAAAGCCUCCAACAGGUCCUGGGUAAACCUGUACUGUGUCCUGAGCAAAGGGGACCUGGGCUUCUAUAAGGAUGCCAAGGGGCAGGCGUCGGGCAGCACCCACGGUGGGGAGCCGCUGGUCCCCCUGCACCAGGCCACUAGCCAGGUGGCCAGUGACUACAAGAAGAAGAAGAACGUCUUCAAGCUCAAGACCGGUGACGGGAACGAGUUCCUGCUGCAAGCCAAGGACGAGGAGGAGAUGAAGAACUGGCUCCAGGCGCUGGCUGCCUCCACCGAGGAGCAUGCCGAGAUCGCCCGCUGGAGCCAGGCGCUGCUCACCACUUCCUCCACCGACGAGGGCAACCCGCGGCGGGAGAGCGACCGGCGGGCCAGCACCUCCGGCAGGAAGAAGUGAGGCGGGCGGGGCAGAGUGCCGGGGCUGAGAGCAGAGCCACGCCGCCCCACCAUCUGCAGCCUCCCUCCGCGCCACGCACCGAGCCAGCCCCUCCGUCUGCGCCCGUCCCGGACAGUCCCUGGACAUGGGUGCCCCCGCACACCCGCUGCAGGAAUCUGCGCCCGGGGAGAGGAGAGCCCCGAAACACACUCUGUUUGCAUUCGGUGCCCGGGGGAGCCCAGCCCGUGUCAGCGGGAGCCGC